AUGUUUUCCAGAGCAGUUGCAUCGGCUUUCCGCCCAGUCUCGCGGCCAACCUUUUUGCGCCCCGUCCGCUCGGCCAUCCAAUUCCCCUCCGGACCUUCCAUUCCCUCUGUCCUCCAUGCACGCCUUCUGUCCAAUGAGACCCGGACGGCGAUCGACAAGGCGGUCUCUUCCGCUCCCGUCGUUCUGUUUAUGAAAGGCACACCCGAGACUCCGCAGUGUGGUUUCUCUCGUGCCACCAUUCAGAUCCUGGGCUUGCAGGGUGUUGAUCCUAAGAAGUUUGUUGCUUUCAACGUGUUGGAGGAUGCAGAGCUGCGCUCAGGUGUUAAGGAAUACUCUGAGUGGCCCACUAUUCCCCAACUAUACCUCGAGAAGGAGUUCAUCGGUGGUUGUGAUAUCUUGAUGUCCAUGCACCAAAAUGGGGAGCUUGCGAAAACUUCUGGAGACCAAGGGUGUCCUGGUUGCGGCGGAUGA